AUGCCAGUGACAGCUUUUGUAUUUGCAAGUCCUAAAGUUGGAGAUCUCAAUUUUUUAAACGCAUUUAACAAAUUGAAACACCUUCACGUUAUGAGAAUUCAUAACAUAUUGGAUAUUGUUCCGAAAUACCCACCUAUUGGAUAUUUCGAUGUUGGGCAGGAAAUAAUAAUCGACACCACAAAAUCCCCUUAUUUAAAUCUCCCUGGAGAUAUCAUCACAUGGCAUAAUUUGGAGUGUUACAUGCAUGGAGUUGCGGGAACUCAAGGUAUAGGACUUUUAACCGGUUUUAAACUAGAGGUGGAUCGCGAUAUCGCACUUGUUAACAAAUCUUCAGGUGCAUUGAAAAGUGAGUAUCUUGUCCCAGCAAAUUGGUGGACUGUGAAGAACAAAGGAAUGGUUCAACAAGAAGAUGGAAAAUGGGUUCUCAAUGAUCGAGAGUAG